AUGGUUUCUCAACUGACUAAUGCUGAGGCCAGUACCUUUUACAUGGCUAAUUCUGAAACUGAUAUCUCAUAUGCGGUUAAUGCAGAAGCCAUGGCAAAUCUUGAAACUAGCACUUCUUAUGCGUUUACUGCUGAAGCCAGUACCUCUGUUGCAGUAAAUUCCGAAUUCAGUACCUUCUACGUG